CUUACACUUGUGUACAAAAAACUUGGCUAGAAAAAUAAAUAGAUUUAUAAGAAAAUACUUGUCUUUUAGAUUUUUGUCAGAAUUAUAAAAUCCAAAUAAGACAUCCUUAAACAUCAAAGAAAAGUUGACUGAUAAAGAAGCACGUACAAAGAGACAAAAUUUCUCCCAAAAAGUAGCUACAUGAAUACAGUCCCAAAAAAGAUGAGGUACAGACUCGUCUUCCACUCCACAAAAGGAGCAAAGGGGAUCCAACUCAGGAAACAUUUUGUUUUAUAAAGACAUUGACUGGAUAAAAUCGAUGCAACAACUUGAAUGAUACCUCUUUAACCUUAUUAGUGAUUAAAUAUUUAUUGGAUAGAGACCACACUUUCUUCCAAGGAAUAUCAUUAAAACAAUUACUCCAAUAUGAUGUUAUAGAAGGGACAGUUAUAAUAUCACUCUGUAAAAGUUGUCUAAUCUUUCUAUUUCUAGAAGAGGGACAGGAUAAAAAACAGAUCUUCCCUAUUGCAGUCUCGCAUGGAGGUAGAAGAGAGUAAAGAAUCAGCUGAGUUUUUUAAAAGUGCAAUAGCUCCACUGGGGAUGGCAUCCAUCACUAUGGCAAAGUCUCGUGGGGUGACAGGAAUACAAUAUUUCGUUAAGAAUUCAGAAUAAGAAAACAAUUGAUCAAGAUGUAAAUCACCUCGGCUGCUCUGCUUAGAUCGCAUGUCAAACGGGAGAAGCGUGAUCUCGCGAUACUUGGAUGUUUAACGCGAGCGGCUUAUUUAAUCGACCAGAUUCGUUUUAAAUAAUGCACUUAUUACGCUAGAUGGCGUCUUUUACACCCUAAACUUUAUUAACAGUCACUGAUUCGUGUCCUCUGCUUGUUAAACAUUUGCCUAAUGCUUUCAGCUGUUACACAUUGACAAAACAUUACAAUUUAAAUGUAUUUUAUGUCUUUAGUUCAAUGGUUUAUGUUUAUAUUUAAGGACUGCUUUGGUUUCCAUUGGUUACUAAUAUUGUCGAUGACGUCAGACAUCUACAUAAAUGUGUUGACAGCGCGAGCAAGUGCCGGAGUUACUCGUUUGUAUUCUUGAUUACUUUUACAUUUGCGCUUUACAAAAAAGUACCAUAAAUACUUUAUUUAGUUUAGUAUUAAAGUAAGUAGGCUACUUUAGUGAAGUUUCACAUCAUGGGACAAGUGAACUGUGGAUGUUUGGGCCACGAGACUUCAGAUCCGGAAUGCAAUCAAACACUGGAGCAGUGUUGGGAACAAGAUCAGAGAGGAGCACAGCGUCAAGAUGACUCCACACCGACAAGUUCCAGACGUGACACGAAAAUGAGGAAGUUCAAGAAAAGAGCCAAAGAUUCAGAGCAACACGUGAACGUAUCUGAACACAAGAGAGAGAUGAAGAAGAUGCAGACUGACAACAAAACAAGUCCUGCGGUUCACAGAAAGUCUAGGAAGGAAUCCAGAGAUGCUUCUCCAUUGAGCAUCGAUACCUUGACACUUUCGCUAUCUCCUCCACCGAUACAAGUCGCUCCAUGGCCACCAGCUUCAGCAGCUGAGAGGGUAAAAUCCAGUCAUCCAUCAAGGCUGGAACCGCUAGUUAUACAUGUUGAUCCUCAACCCUCAACUGCAACACCUGGAAGAUCAGAGGUGAGACGUUCAAGGAGGAAACGGAGGAAGGACGCUGAAAACAUGGAUCAUGAAGUUAAGACAACAUUUAUAAAGACAUGACAAAAUUUAAUCUGUCAUGGAAAAACUUUGAAACUCUUUUUCUCUUCAUUCAUCAGCGUCUAAACCGCUGGUGAUACGUGUUGAUUCUCAACCCGCGACUGCAUCAACUGAGAGAUCAGAGGAGAGACCUUCAGCAGAUAAACUGAAGAAGGGGGACAAGAAAACGGAUCAUGAAGUGCCUGAACCGCUGGCAGGACGUGUUUAUCCCAAACCAUCAACCUCAUCACCCGAGAGAUCAAAGAUGAGACGUUCAAGGAGGAAACUGAGGAAGGAAGCUGAAAUCCUGGAUCCUGAAGGGUUUCAUCGUUCUGCCUCUGCCGACCCGAAUCCUGAACAGACGGAGGUGACAAAAUAUGAAGCUGGUCCACCAACACCUGCUCCAACAGCUGAGAGGGUAAAAUCCCGUCAUUCAUCAGUGCCUGAACCGCUGGUCACGUCACACUCUGAUCUCUUUACACGCCUGGUCCUCAUGGACAUUGAAGAUGAUGAUGAGGUGCAUAUCAUCUCUCCAUUUGUUAUGAAUGACACCAGACAGAGAAGACCUAAGCCCAUGAGGGAAAAACAACCGACGUUUUGUUGGGUGGAGGAGAACAAAGAGAGGCUGGAGAGUGAAAGAUCAGCGAAGAAACUGAACAAUGCCAAAGCAACGGACCAUGAAGGAUCAUCUCCUUAUAUCCCAUACGAACAUACCGAGGCGAUAUCACUGUCAGCACCUUCAUCACAAUCUGAUCUCAUCCUCAUGGACAUGAAUGAUAACACCGAGUCUGAUGAGCCUGAGGUGAAGUUCAUCUCUACAUUUGAGCUGAAGGACACCAGACACAGAAGACCGAAGUCCAUGAUAAAAGAUCAACCGAUGUUUUGUUGGAUGGAGAGCACGGAGAUGCUGGAGAGUGAAACUGAAAUGGAUGAAGUCCAGCCAGAAGCUCCAGAGCAGCAGGAGACACCUGUGAAUAAAUACCAUCCAGAGAGCAAAACUGACAAACAACAAACCCUUCAGAAGGAGAAAGACGCUCAUGAAAACACCAUCAUGACAGGUCCUUAUGGUCCCGUUGGAGAUACCCAAGAUCACCUGACAGGUCCAGAGAAGACCAAAGCUGCCAGCAAAACAAAAGGAUUAUUUGUUCUUCAUCACUGGCUUGAGAAAAAGACCAAAAAACGACAGGAGGAGAAAAUGAGAAAAGAAAGGGAAAUAACAGAAACACAGUUACUGCGUGAGAGAUACCUCAACAGUCCAGCAUUGAAACAUUUGUGUGUAAAUAAGAACAACUCUUACUAUAUCCCGAAUCUCCUUCUAUAACUCACACUACUGUAACAGUAGUGACUCCUCAUCUGCUCCUCAUGAACCCCAAACCUCCUAUUCAUAUCUUUUCUCUACAUGUGUGAAAAAAACUUAAGUGUUAUGUGCAAAAUUAUUUAGUUUAUGUGUGAUAUAAAUAAGUAAAUGUGUUAAAAAAUGAAGUAUUUGUGCAAAAAAAUGAAGUAUAUGUGCAAAAAAAUGAAGUAUAUGUGCAAAGAAAACAUUUAGUGUUAUGUGCAAAAUAAUUAAGUUUAUGUGUGAUAUAAAUAAGCAUAUGUGUUAAAAAAUGAAGUUUAUGUGCAAAAAAAAAAACAUUUAUAUGUGCCUUAAAAUAAGUAUGUGCAAUUUUCCCUUAGUGUGUCUAAAGAAAACUCCUGUACAGUUUUACUUACCUUGUGUGCAAUGAAUAAACUUGUCUUUGUUUAAAUACA